AUGACGUCGAAAUCGUCUGCAAAAGCGAACCUGCUCGGCAGCGGGGGGAUUUACCUCGCGAGCGGCGAGACGAACGGGGACUUGACCAACGGUCAUGUCAACCACGCUUUCUGCGAAAUCCCACUCGACUCGGGCAACGGCACCUUGAAGAAGAGUGAAUCGCAGAAUGAAAAAAUCUGUAUGUUGGAAAUUCCGUCAUCGAACGGGUCGGCCCCGGAAAAAGACCGAAGUUCGCCAAGUAUCGUCCCGGAGAAUACACAUCGAAAGUUUUUUUGGGGUGAGAAAUUGUACCUGAAUAAGUCGGAAACGGAUCUUCGAACGCAUUCGAAAAUGACGCGACGUUGUCAAAGAGGAACCAUGCUCGGCGCACUUGCCUUGCUGGUGGCCUUGGCGCUUGCCAUUGGAAUUUUCGCGACCGUAGGAUCGAGGAGCUCGAGUCCGACGACCGUCAAGGUUGGAUCCUUCCGGGAUGCUGAAGCCAUGCCAAUCAAUCACAAUUCGUUAGAUACCGCGACGGAAGAUCCCGACGACGGUGCACCAUUGACAACAACAGAUAUGCCGGACGCUGUCCUGGUGUCUUUGACUCUGCCCGACGAACAAUUCACGGUCGCCCUGCAGAAUGACACGUCACCGCAAUUCGCAGCAUUGAACAAAACGCUGAUAGAAGCCUUAUCAUCGGCGCUGGUAGGAUUGGAAAAUACAUUAGUGAGGGCUAGAAUCGUGUCAUUCGAGAGCGGGUCAAUCAAGGCGAAGAUUGUUUUCGAGUUCGACGAAGGUCAGAGUGACCUUGCCGAAAGAGUUAACCAACUUGUUCAAGAGUACCUUCGGACCAACCGAAAUCAAGUCGGUGAGAUGGCUGCGAUGUUUGAUGCCUCUCAGACACAAGAUAUGCUCAACAAGUGCCGCUCGUCUGACCCGUGUGCCCCUCCUGCCGAAUGUCUAUGGGAUUAUCUCGUGGACGAGCCGAACUGCGUUUGCCCGGUGAAUUAUGUGCGGGCCGUCUACGAUAGCAGGAGCUGCGUUGAACUGCCCUCUGACAAAGCGGCUGAGUUUUUCGAAGAAUCUGGCGACAUCUCAUCCGAAUCCUCACCUGGAGGCGCUCGCGAGUCGGAACCGAAGGCCGAACCAACUCCCGAACCAUCAGCGGAACCGACUGCGGAGCCCGCAGCAGAACCAUCUCCAGAGCCCUCAGCUGAACCUGCUGCGGAGCCCUCUGCAGAGCCUCCAGCUGAGCCCACGCCGGAGCCAUCGGCUGAACCCCCGUCAGAACCAUCAGCGGAACCAACGCCGGAGUCUUCUGCGGAGCCAUCCGCGGAGCCCGAACCGGAGCCUUCAGCAGAACCCGCUCCAGAACCAUCUGCGGAAGCGACGCCGGAGCCAACUGCGGAAUCCUCGCCAGAACUUUCUGCGGAAUCGACGCCGGAGCCCUCUGCGGAAUCAACGCCGGAGCCCUCUGCAGAGUCCGAACCGGAGCCAUCUGCGGAGUCCGAACCCGAACCAUCUGCGGAGUCCGAGCCGGAGCCUUCCGAUGAGCCCACUCCGGAGCCGUCCGCUGAACCCCCGGUGGAGCUUUCUGCUGAGGCCGAGCAAAAACCAUCUACCGAAGCGUCAUCGGAACAAGGAACUGAGCCCACAUCUGGACCUUCUGCUGAAUCUUCACCAGAAGCGUCGUCCGAGUCGACAUCUGCACCGUCAUCCGAGGAGUUGAUUCUGAACCCGUCAACAGCACCAGCCGCGAAGCCGUCUCCGAAGUCUCUACAGGAGAAUGCCGGAAACUCUACUCUGGAGCCCGCGCCUGAACCGUCAGCGGAGCCGACGCUCGAUCCAUCUGCAGAGCCCGCGUCGUCUGCUGAGCCGGCUCCCGAGCCCGAGCCGUCCGCGGAAUCCUCUCCCGAGCCAUCUGCGGAAGCCACUCCCGAGCCCGAGCCAUCUUCAGAAUCCACGCCCGAGCCCGAGCCAUCUGCGGAAUCCACGCCCGAGCCAUCUGCAGAAUCCACGCCCGAGCCAUCUGCAGAAUCCACGCCCGAGCCCGCGCCAGCUGCGGAAUCCACCCCCGAGCAAUCUGCGGAAUCUAAUUCAGGGUCUACCGCCGAGCCAACAUCCGCGCCAUCAUCGCAAGUAGCGCCAGGUAGUGAGUCACACGAGAGGACAGACACUGAAUCGUCUGAAAGCGAACUCCCGGGACUAACAACUCCAUCUUCCGAGGAGCGGCCAGAUCGACCCGAAUCGAAUUCCGAUUCGCAGGAGACCGAUUCAGGCUCAGAAGUCAUCACCAGCAGAAGUCCGUCGCGUGAGCCGACCACAGCAACCGAGUCUCCAGAAGGUUCCGUUUCGACUUCUACUCCGAGAGGAGAUUUUGAGAGCGGUGCGUCAACAACCUCCGAAGAGACUUCGACAGCAGCCCCCUCAGACAAUCGGAAUCCAAAGAGUUUGAAGGAAGGAUCCCUAUGGGAGAAAUCGGCCGAAAGUACCGUCAAGUCGCUCGAAGCCACGAGUCCAACCUCCGCCGCGACAUCGUCCGGAGAAACUCCGAGUUCGGAGCGCGCUGAUGUGUCCGCAUUCUCGACCGAGUCCGCCGCCGUUGAAGCAUCGACUUCAGCUCCGAAUCGCAUGGCGAAAAUCGUCGAACCGGGAACUGUCAACAAUGAUGCCCAGAGUGGCUCGAGCACCGAGUCCAACAAGUCGGUCGAGAACGCGACCGGAAACGCCAAGGAUUCUUCCGCAGCUCCCCUCGUCACGAUGGAUCUGAAGUCGUCGACGGAAAAUAUCACGGCUACCCCUCUCGAGGAGAAUCUCCCGAGUGCAGAGAAACUCGUAGAAAAUACUUCGGCUGUAUCGGAAGCUGCUCAGCGUAAAGGUCUAGCUUUGGACGAAGAGGUCGCUACGCUCUCACUCAACGAGACAACGACCGUUCCCAGCAAUCCCUGCAAAGAAAACGAGUUCCAAUGUGAUUCCCGUUGCGUGGAUUCCAGUCUCAGGUGUGACGGUUUCUCCGACUGCAUCGAUCAGACCGAUGAAGCCAAUUGCACGGAAAUAUCCUGCGGAAGGAAUUUUCUCUGCGCAAACACGACCACGUGCAUCCCACAGGAGGCGCGUUGCGACGGCGUCAAAGACUGUCCGGAUGCGGACGACGAAGACGAAUGCCUCGGAAGUCUCGACAAGUGCGAGGAAGGAUUGAUUCUGUGUCCCGACAAAUCCUACUGUUUGAAACCGAGCCAAGUGUGUGACGGAGUUUUCAACUGUCGCGACCGACUAGACGAAUCCAAGUGUCAGGAGAGGAAUGACUGCGAGAACGUGCAGAAAAACUUCUUCUGUCCCACGGAGGAUCUUUGUAUCGACGGAUCGCUGCGCUGUGACGGGCUCAAGGACUGCCAGGAUGGAUCCGACGAGAAAAACUGCACAUGCCUCCCAGAACAGUUCCAGUGCGACAACGCGUUUUGCGUUAGCAAACCUAACGCGCGCUGUGAUGGAAUACUAGACUGCAAAGAUGGGUCGGAUGAAGUUGACUGCCUGAGGACCGACGACAAGAUGACUGUUCAGGUGUUCGAUCCAAUCCAGAACCAGUUCACACUCCUUUGUGGAGACGAACUGAAUACGAGCGACGUCGACAGUAUUUGCCGAGAGAUGGGAUUCGAGAAAGCGGAUAGCUACGAACUCGUGAAAUUGCAGCUCAACGGAAGCCAAUAUGCCACGUGGGAGUCGACAAAGGCAGGUUCCUUAUUCUCAGCGGGUAUUCGAGGCAACGCGACGCAGUGCUCAAAUACGGCGAUCCGCGUCAAAUGCCAGGAACUGACAUGCACUCACAGCGAUCAGAUUGACUUUCUGCGGAGACGGCGCGACGCCGAAGGCGACACCGAGGAGUCCCCAUGGUCCUACUUGGUUCUCGUCCAGGGUCCCGAAAAGACCGACGCUUGUCACGGCCAGGUUCUGACUCCACGUCACGUGGUCACCUCAGCCCAGUGCUUGAAAAACCUCAAAUUCAAAACAGCCGACGAGCUGAGCAUCCUGACCACGCUUUCCGACCCGAGUCGCAAAACUGUUUUCAAAGCGAGGAAUGUCCACUUCCAUCCGCAUUUCUCACAGUUCCGCUCGAAAAUUCUCGCUGACUACGACCUGGCUGUGGUUCGCUCCGAGUCUCCUCUCACAGUGGAAAAUAAGAAAAUUCGACCGGUUUGCGUUUACGACGACCCUCUCGCGAAUGGCAUAACUUGUUUCGUGGGCUCUUACGGCGAUGGAGUCCCUCGGUCACACAACUACACAACUGUCGUAUCGAAAAUGCCUCUCAUCAUCAACGAUUCGGCGCAGUGCAACCAGGAAUUCAUCUACGAUAAGAAAGUUUCCCAACAGAUGAUCUGUGCUUCGGCCGAUGUCAACAGCGCAGCUAACAGGCAGCCUUGCGACACGGAUCUCGGCGCACCCCUGAUGUGUCUCUCGGGCCGAGCGCAAUGGAAACUCGCUGGCCUCCUCUCCUAUCAACGUUUCUGCGGUCGCUUCUUCAAACAACCCACGACAUUCUCAAGCAUUCAUUCUAUGCUGCCGUGGAUCAACAAAGUGACGGGGCGCUCGUCGUACAACGUCAGCGCAGCGGAGUUGAACUAUUCGCUAGUCAUAGAGACUCAGAACUCAACCGAAACACCCGCGUCCACGACUCCGUCAGAGCUGACGACCUUGACGUCCACUGAAGACCCAUUGGAGAACUCGACGGCGAUCCCUGCUCAGGACAUGGCCGAAAACGGACGCGAAGACCCAUCGGCACAGAUGACCACGCUGCCGUCGAUCACGGAGACUUCGAGUCCUGCGAACGAAUCUGACGCAUCAAAUCUCACGACUUCGACCCCGGCUCCACCUCAACUAUACGCUGCGCAGACGCAACCCCCGGUGAUCCAGGUCAUCCAGGACGGUGAUUCGGAAAGGCGAGUCGCUUUGAGCCGCUUCUCCACCGAGUCCGCGCAGGGAGUGUAUCCACCACUUGUCGUGAAGCCCUCGACCGAAGCAUCUCCUGCGGUCACUUCCGUACCGAAACCGGCUGAGGAUGCCGGAACCUCGGAAUCGCCUUCGAAUUCCACGACGUCGUCCCUUCCGAUGACGCCAGCGACAGUGACGACGAUCAGUCCGGCCACAGCCGAAAUGGUGAGCACCACCGAGGCGACUCCGAUCCUUUCUACCGAAAUGUCCGCUCAGACAACAAGCGCUCCUCAAGAUCAGAUAACCACUGCUGCCGCGGCCGGUCUCCUGUCUUCUCUGCCCGGAGUGUCGACGACGGAAACAGAGCGGGAAUCCACCGUCGAUUCGUUGGACCCUACGGGCUCUACCUCGACACCGAUGAUGGCGGUCGGGAGUAGCACUCCCGCUAGUGAGUGA